AAAGGAAUGGAACAGACUACCCGCACAUGUCAAAGCCAGUCAUAGCAUGAACCAGUUCAAGAAGAGUGCCAAAAGGUGUCUGAUGAAUGUAGCUACAGAAAGGGAGGGGAAUGAUUUUCUAUUUUUUAGCUAACAUACGUGUAAAUUUUACCUUAUUCCUUGUAAUGACCCUCGUAUUGUAGAUAGUCUUAAUGACCUUGGUGUAGCAGAUAGUCUUUUUAGUAUGAUAAUAAGAUGUUAUCUUCAUUGUAGAAUAAUAAGAAAAUAUUAUAACCUUUAUACUAUAAUAAUAAGGUAAAAGGACCCCAAUGGAAAUAAGUCACUCUGUCUGACUUUUUUGGGUUAUCCUAGGUUCUCUACACAUAUGCUGCUAUGUAUGAUAAUUCUAUGUAACUGUAUUUGUGUAUACCUGAAUAAACUUACUUACUUACUUACUUACUUACUUGCUAUAAUAAUAAAAUUUAGAUUAAUGCAGUGGUACCUCGUGUUACGAACUUAAUUCAUUCCAUAAGGCUAUUCAAGUGCUGAUACUUGGACCUGGAGAGAGUUCCGAGGGUCAACGCCCCCGCAGCCCUGUCUAUGACCAGGCCUCGUGGUGGAUCAGGGCCUGAUCAACCAGGCUGUUACUGCUGGCCGCACGCAAUCCAACGUACGAACCACAGCCGGCUGGUCAGGUACUGACUUUAGGUGCUUAUCCAGUGCCUGCUUGAAGACAGCCAGGGGUCUAUUGGUAAUCCCCCUUAUGUAUGCUGGGAGGCAGUUGAACAGUCUUGGGCCCCUGACACUUGCUGUGUUGUCUCUUAACGUGCUAGUGACACCCCUGCUUUUCAUUGGGGAAUGUUGCAUCGUCUGCCGAUUAUGUUGUGAUCUGAGUACAUUGUUUUUGAUAUGAUGACAUUUCGUAUCAGAUCAUCAUUGUUAGUAAAUAACAUAAAUUAGAUUAGUCCAUUUCAAACCCCCAAAAAUACACUUACAAAAGCACUUGCAAAAAUACACUUACAUAAUUGUUCGAGUUGGGAGCUGUUCGAAACUUGAGGUACCACUGUAUCUGCACUUGUAUUUGACCACCACUAACAACCUUCACAAAGGUUAAAGCCUAUUGUGUAGCUGAAACUUAUAAUAAACUGUUCUCGCAAAAAUUUCACUAAUAGUUAUGUGUUAUGAGUAGAUACAAUACAAUUUUUAUUCCUUUAUGUAGUACGAAUAUGUAAUAUAGUUUACACAUUAUAAAACAUUGGUAGGCACAAAAUACAGCCACUAGUAUGCAAUUCAUUUUGGGUAAACUAAUCCUCAUGCUUAAAGGUUAAUUAAGAUUUAGAUAGACUAUUAAGUAGGAUUUCUUAUGCAAUUAACUACAAUCAUAUGUACAAUAAGAAAAGUAACUAAUUAACAAAAGGUACAGUUUCAAAAAGACUGGUUAUAAAUGACCAUAAUUUUUAAAGGGGUGGACCGGUAAGCCAGCGGAAGGCCUCGGUCAGAUGACCAAAAGCUCCAAAGGCGGGUCAUCAUCUGACUAAGACCCGCGUCAGGAAACAUUUGUCCUGUUUCCUGACGAACCUUACCUAACCUAACCUACAGUUUCAAAAGCAUGACUUACUAUUUCAAGCUGAUGCAAGUUACUGUAAGGUUGCCCGAAAUGCUCUGCAUAACCAGGGGUUUUCUGUAAAGUACGUAUGUCAAUAAUAUCACACUUUCUGUACAAACUGUAAGCCAUUCUUUAUAGAAAUACUGUAAAGCUUACUUUACUUUACUUACAGCUUGAGCCUGUUAGAACUUCCUAAUACACAAAUAACCCGCACGUAGGAGACAGGAGCUUAUGACGACAUUUCGGUUCAGGUUAUUUGUGUAUUGUUCCAGUCAUGGUAUUGUGCCUUUUUGUUAUUUAGAACUUCCUAAAUCUCCAGGAGCUGGGAGAUAGGGCUCAAUAAGGCAUAAGUCUUGUGGUCCUUAAUAACACCACCACAAACAACAACACUAAAUAUACUUGCCAAUAUGUCAACGUAAAUUAUAAUAUCUAAGUAUUCGUGUUUGUAUGAUGGUCAUUAUAGAUAUGUAUAGGGUAAUUAUAGAGAUCCAGUCUUUUUGUGAGUUUGGCCACGGCUUAUAAUACAAGUGUUUGUUUAAAAUUUUUGUUUAAAAUUAAUUCAUACACAUAAUUUACAAUAAUCUGAAUGCCCAUAGAAUGUACAUUAUUGUUUGUUUAAAAUUAAUUCAUACACAUAACUUACAAUAAUCUGAAGGUCCAUAGAAUGUACAUUAUUCUUAAAAAUGUUUUGCCAUAUAUCUACACAGUAUGUAGCAGCUUUUGCCACUCAAGUACAUUAUAUAAAAAUUUCAUGUGUUACUCAGUUUUCUCUUGUGUUUCUAGAGGUUGAAAUAUGUUGAGUGGAUGUCUUUAUCAUCGACUGGAAUCGGUCCUUCCUCCCUUGAUACCCAAAGGCAACAGUCAGAUGGUUUGUAUGACCAAGGAGGAUAUGCUGUACAGUUCUGAAAUAGGGGAUCAAGAUUUUUCAAGAUUAGAGUUUUUAAGUGCAUGUGUGAUCAUGAAAGAUGAGUAUACAGCCCAUCAUCUCCUACCCAGGGUUCCUCACAGCUUUUAUCCUGCACUGUUUCAGGCUGUCAUGCAAAAAUGUUACUACUCCACAAGUCAGCAAUGGCAGUUGAGUUUAAAGGACCUUUGUGCAAGUUGGACAUUACUGGUUUCUCUCUUCCGAUAUCGAAUGUCCACCUGCUGGAGAGAUUUGUCAGAAUGGCAUACAACCCCAAUAGUCCACCUCAUUAUAUCAGAAAUGAAAUAAGGAUGGAUAUCAGAAUAGAGGGUGAGGCAGAGAGUCAGUUCCAGGCUCUUCAUGUUGUCUGCACGAUUAGUCGUCAUCAUGGUGCUGGCUUAGUCGUCAAAUUUAGGAAAGUAAACAUAACAUCUAUACCUGGGAUCUGCCUUGUUUCUUUGCCUAAGGAAACAGAAUGCCUGGAAUUAGAGCUUUGUGGCUUGUGCAAUAAUUCGUUGCUUCCACUCUUAUGCAUACCAAAGUCACUCACCAGCCUAAGUUUGGCACAUAACCGGAACAUCACUUCACUUCAGUUCCUGUCUCAGUUACCUUGUUUGUGUGAGCUUAACAUUUCCGGAAUAAAUGUUAGAGACAAAUGUGAACCCAUUGGCAGUUUACCCCAGGGUUUACAAUACCUCAAACUUGUGGGGUGCAGAGUCAGGUCAGCAGAUCUGCAAGUAUUGAUAACAAGCAAGCACGUGCUAACUUUGCGUCACCUUGACCUGAGUGAAAAUCCUUUAGGAGGUCCUGAAGAUUUCUAUUCACUUUGCAAACUCUGUCAGAAACUUCAGAAGGUGUCAGUGCUGGAAGUUGAAAAUUGUAAUUUAAAUACCGUGAUUCCUGAACUUCUAACACAACUGAUCAACAUUCUUACACAAAUGCCCACCUUAGCAUUCUUAAGACUUAAUAGAAAUGACUUCUCAUCCUGGAGUAUUACAAAGCAUAUUGUAUGCCUGGGAUACAGCAGAACCAUGAGGUGUUUGUGUAUGACUGUACCAUCUGAAGUCUAUAUUAGUGAUGACUAUACAGUUAUUGACAAAAGGAUUAAGAAGCUCUGCACAGAUUUCCUUAGCAGUCUGCAAGCAAUGAAUGCCACACAUGUGGCUGUUGAAUGGAUUGAAGAAUCUCUGUACAGUCGUUGGUUCUACACCAUUUGAAAAUUUGUCAAAAGGUGAUGGUGUAGUUCCUUCAUAAAAAUUAAAUAUU